AUCAAUGAGUUGCCGUUAUGGGGCACUUCCUCGAAGCGUCGCAUCGAGCGGCCUUGUUCUCUCCUUACUCGUUAUGCUCUUCUUUGUAUCUUCUGCCUCGGCUUUGUCUAACAUGCAAGCCAAUUUGAUCACACGUCGUCAACUUUUAUCGCUACAAGAAACCGGUGACUUCCCCGAUGAUUACGAAAGUAAGGUCAAACUCAACAUAACAUUCCCAAAUCCGAGACUAAGAAGGGCCUACAUUGGCCUCCAAUCUUGGAAGCAUACAUUCUAUUCCGACCCGACAAAUUUUACAAAGAAUUGGGAAGGACCGGAUGUGUGCAAUUACAAUGGCGUGUUUUGCACCGCAGCUCUAGAUGAUCCUAGUAUCAAUGUUGUCGCGGGUAUUGACCUCAAUGGAGCUGACAUUGCGGGGUACUUGUCCGUUGAAUUGGGGCUCUUGACCGAUCUUGCUCUUUUCCAUAUAAACACGAAUCGAUUUUGUGGGAUUAUUCCUAGGAGCUUUAGGAGGCUCAUAAUUAUGUAUGAGUUUGACGUUAGCAACAAUCUAUUUGUUGGCCCUUUCCCGACUGUGGUCCUCGAAAUGCCCAAACUCAAGUUUUUGGAUCUUAGGUACAAUAACUUCGAAGGUAGGUUACCAUCGGGUUUGUUCGAUAAAGAUCUAGAUGCAAUUUUCUUGAAUCACAAUAGAUUCACGGAGAAUAUCCCCGAGAAUAUGGGUAAUUCACCGGCCUCGGUUAUUGUCUUUGCGGAUAACGAAUUCACUGGUUGUAUUCCCGGAAGCAUUGAGAAGAUGGGAAAAACACUGAAUGAAAUUUUAUUUACAAACAAUAACCUCACAAGUUGUAUACCGACGGGUGUCGGGUCGUUAGUAAAUGUAACGGUUUUCGAUAUUGGAUCGAAUGAAAUAGAAGGGACGUUGCCUGAGACACUCAAACAAUUGAUCACAAUUGAACAAAUGAUAUUGUCGGAUAACAGGUUGACAGGAUCUAUUGCCGACUACAUUUGCAAUCUACCAAAGUUAAGCAAUCUCACAUUCUCUUAUAAUUACUUCAAUGAAGAAGCCAAGUCAUGUGGAGAUGGAUCUAGAAAAGAUGUUGAGAUUGUUGAUACAAAUAAUUGUUUACCAGACCGAUCUGAACAAAAAUCUCAAGACACUUGUAAGUUGGUUGUGGGCAAGCCCGUUAAUUGUGGCAAUUGUGGCGGUGGACAUGGCAAUGCUAACGGGGGCAGCUCAAGUUCUCGUACUCGUCCUUCCACGCCCACACCAAACCAACCCUCGUCACCAGCCACCCCUACACAAACCCCACCACCUACUCCGACAACACCAGCUCAAUCUCCACCUCAACAAGAAGAACAACCUCCGCCACAAUCUCCAACUCCUCCUAAAGAAGAACAACCUCCGCCACAAUCUCCAACUCCUCCUAAAGAAGAACAACCACCACCAAAAGCUCCAACUCCUCCUAAAGAAGAACAACCACCGCCAAAGGCUCCAACUCCUCCUAAAGAAGAACAACCACCGCCAAAGGCUCCAACUCCUCCUAAAGAAGAACAACCACCGCCAAAGGCUCCAACUCCUCCUAAAGAAGAACAACCACCGCCAAAGGCUCCAACUCCUCCUAAAGAAGAACAACCACCGCCAAAGGCACCAACUCCUCCUAAAGAAGAACAACCACCACCAAAGGCUCCAACUCCUCCUAAAGAAGAACAACCACCGCCAAAGGCUCCAACUCCUCCUAAAGAAGAACAACCACCACCAAAAGCUCCAACUCCUCCUAAAGAAGAACAACCACCACCAAAGGCUCCAACUCCUCAUAAAGAAGAACAACCACCACCAAAGGCUCCAACACCUCCUAAAGAAAAACAACCACCACCAAAGGCUCCAACUCCUCCUAAGGAAGAACAACCCCCGCCAAAGGCUCCAACUCCUCCUAAAGAAGAACAACCUCCACCAAAGGCUCCAACUCCUCCUAAGGAAGAACAACCCCCGCCAAAGGCUCCAACUCCUCCUAAGGAAGAACAACCCCCGCCAAAGGCUCCAACUCCUCCUAAAGAAAAACAACCCCCGCCAAAGGCUCCAACUCCUCCUAAAGAAGAACAACCACCGCCUAAGGCUCCAACUCCUCCUAAAGAAGAACAACCACCGCCAAAGGCUCCAACUCCUCCUAAAGAAGAACAACCACCGCCAAAGGCUCCAACUCCGCCUAAAGAAGAACAACCACCGCCAAAGGCUCCAACUCCGCCUAAAGAAAAACAACCUCCGCCAAAGGCUCCAACUCCUCCUAAAGAAGAACAACCACCACCAAAAGCUCCAACUCCUCCUAAAGAAGAACAACCACCGCCAAAGGCUCCAACUCCUCCUAAAGAACAACAACCACCGCCAAAGGUUCCAACUCCUCCGAAAGAAGAACAACCACCGCCAAAGGCUCCAACUCCUCCUAAAGAAAAACAACCACCGCCAAAGGCUCCAACUCCUCCUAAAGAAGAACAACCUCCGCCAAAGGCUCCAACUCCUCCUAAAGAAGAACAACCCCCGCCAAAGGCUCCAACACCUCCUAAAGAAGAACAACCACCACCAAAGGCUCCAACUCCUCCUAAAGAAGAACAACCACCGCCUAAGGCUCCAACUCCUCCUAAAGAACAACAACCUCCGCCAAAAUCUCCAACUCCUCCUAAAGAAAAACAACCCCCGCCAAAGUCUCCAACUCCUCCUAAAGAAGAACAACCACCGCCAAAAGCUCCAACUCCUCCUAAAGAAAAACAACCACCGCCAAAGGCUCCAACUCCUCCGAAAGAAGGACAACCACCGCCAAAGGUUCCAACUCCUCCGAAAGAAGAACAGCCACCACCUAAGGCUCCAACUCCUCCUAAAGAAAAACAACCACCACCAAAGGCUCCAACUCCUCCUAAAGAAGAACAACCUCCGCCAAAGGCUCCAACUCCUCCAAAAGAAGAACAACCCACGCCAAAGGCUCCAACACCUCAUAAAGAAGAACAACCUCCUCCUAAAGAAGAACAACCCCCUCCAAAGACACCAACUCCUCCUAAAGAAGGACAACCCCCUCCAAAGACUCCAACUCCUCCUAAAGAAGGACAACCCCCACCAAAGGCUCCAACUCCUCCUAAAGCAGGACAACCCCCGCCAAAGUCUCCAACUCCACCUAAAGAAGGACAACCUCCGCCAAAAUCUCCAACUCCUCCUAAAGAAGAACAACCCCCGCCAAAGUCUCCAACUCCUCCGAAAGAAGGACAACCCCCCCCAAAGGUUCCAACUCCUCCGAAAGAAGGACAACCCCCGCCAAAGGCUCCAACUCCUCCUAAAGAAGAACAACCCCCGCCAAAGGCUCCAACUCCUCCGAAAGAAGGACAACCCCCGCCAAAGACUCCAACUCCUCCGAAAGAAGGACAACCCCCUCCAAAGGCUCCAACUCCUCCGAAAGAAGGACAACCCCCACCAAAGGCUCCAACCCCUUCCAAAGAAGGACAACCCCCACCAAAGGCUCCAACCCCUCCCAAAGAAGGACAACCCCCGCCAAAGGCCCCAACUCCUCCUAAAGAAGGACAACCCCCGCCAAAGUCUCCAACUCCACGUAAAGAAGGACCACCUCCGCCAAAGUCUCCAACUCCUCCUAAAGAAGAACAACCCCCGCCAAAGGCUCCAACUCCUCCGAAAGAAGGACAACCCCCACCAAAGGCUCCAACUCCUCCGAAAGAAGGACAACCCCCACCAAAGGCUCCAACUCCUCCAAAAGAAGGACAACCCCCUCCAAAGGCCCCAACUCCUCCUAAAGAAGAACAAACACCUAAGACUGAUACACCUCCCAUUGCUGGCCCAAAACAUAGAGAACGCUCUCCACCUCCACAUGUUCAACCACCAACUCAAUCACAUCCACCACCAACCAAUCCUUCCCCAAAACCUUCUCAUGACCAACCAACACCGACUCCACAUUCACCAACACCUACACCACCUACACCAGCUGAUGAUGUCUAUAUUCCACCAGUCUUGGGAUAUAAAUAUGCAUCACCACCUCCACCACAAUUCCCAGCUUACUAA